AUGGCUUCGACAGCUCCCACCAAGCAGUGGGCCGAUGGGCCUUGCAAGCUUAUUGUCACUCCCCAGUAUGAGACCAAGAAGACCGACCUCUUCACAACUGGUGCAACACAUAUGGCCCUACUUCACAACUCCAUUCUCCGUGGCUUCAACACUGUUUACCUCCAGGCUCCCCACGUUCAAGAUGCCGACAAGGAUGCCUUUAUUGGAUACUCCCAGACAUGGUUCCGCUUUGUAAAGUCCCACCACGAUGAUGAGGAAGAGAACCUCUUCCCCAAGGUCCAAGACCUCCUCGGCGGAGACGAGGGUCUCUGGAAAGAGACACUAGACGAGCAUGAGUCAUUCAUCGCCGGCUUGACCGAGUUCAACACUUACCUCUCUGCUCUCCCCUCCCCAUCUGAAUUCUCAUCUACAGAGCUCAUCCGAAUCAUGGACUCCUUCAAAGACAACUUCGAGAACCACUUCCACCGUGAAAUCUCUCACAUAGCCGCCUUUGCAGACCACCCUAAAGCCCCAGUCCCUGACACGCCCGAACAUGCUGAAGCCGCCCUAACAUUCAAGACAUGGGGCAAGAAGACCGUGUCCAAGGCCGGCGUGCUAGAUGUCGUGCCCUUCUUCCUUCUGAACCUGGACCGUACGUACGAAGAAGGCACGUGGGCUAACUGGCCUCCCAUGCCGGCUCCUAUCAAGUGGGGUCUUACCAACAUUGCCGGAUCCUGGUAUGGCUCUUGGUGGAAGUUCUCUAGCUGUGACUCCCAGGGCCAGCCACAAGAGCUUUAUGCUCUGCGAUCUGUCAAGUCUGAGCUGUAG